AUGGAUGAUGAUAAUUCGCAAUCUUUUUUUUUAGCUCGUCAAAUUGACGAAUCAAUUGCUGACCCCAUUACAAGAUCAAAUAGCCCGGCAUCAGAAACUAGAAGUACGAGUGCAAAAAGUGAUAAUGAUGCUCCUAAUGUACCUACCAUCAAAAAAACUAAAUUAAGUCGAAAGGGUGGCUCAAAAAGACGGAGCUGGGUAUGGAAGUAUUUUGUUGAAAAAAAAAUAAUAGAAGCUGUUCAAAAUCUUGAUAAUCAAAAAAUUAAUGUUGAAGUUAUAUACGGCAUUUGUAACGUAUUAAAUGAUUCGGGUAAAAGUUGUGAUUCACGAGUGAAAGUUUCAGGUGGCUCGACGUCAAAUUUAAUAUCUCAUCUCUUAAAUACACAUGGUAUUACGCAAAACGGGCCUGGAUUAUCUGGACAAGACGAUGACAAUGACAAACGCCAAGCUGAGACUGCUCUUCGCAAUAAGUAUAAUGAUAUUAAAUCUUCUCAUCAAUCUUCGACACCAUCUGAUAAAUCGGUCGACCCUCGUGAAAAUCAAGACAACCAAGAAGGGCAGCGUCAGAUUUAUCAAAAAACAUUUUUUAAAACAAUCUUUAUGCAAGACGCACCUGAAGAGUCAGAUAAUGAACUCGACCAUUACUUUUCUUUACCCGAAAUCCAUUAUAA